AGUAUCUUCGCGAAUUCGGCAAGAAUAUCGCGCAGAUCGUGAACGUUUUCGGUGCGUGCAAGGCGUGUUUGUGAUGGGAUUAAGCCAAAGUGUUGAAAUUCCGGGCGGUGGAACUGAAGGAUAUCAUGUCCUCCGAGUGCAAGAAAACUCCCCUGGUGCUGCUGCUGGAAUCGAAGCUUUUUUUGAUUUUAUCGUUGCACUGAACGGCGUCCGGCUUGACCAGGAUAAUGAAACCCUCAGGGAAAUUCUGAAAGCUAACAUCGAUAAGCCUGUAGCUGUCACACUUUACAACAGCAAAUCCCGACAGGUUCGUGAGGUUCCCAUUACUCCCAGUGCGAUCUGGGGUGGACAAGGCCUUCUAGGAGUUUCGAUUAGGUUUUGUUCGUUCCAAGCAGCGAACGACAACGUAUGGCACGUUUUGGAUGUUAUUCCUGGAUCUCCUGCCGCAGUCGCGGGAUUCAGACCAUUCACCGAUUUUAUUGUUGGUGCCGACUCGGUACUCCCAGAAAACGAGGACCUUUUCGCACUUGUGGAGGCAAAUAAUGGCCGUCCAUUGAAGCUCUAUGUUUACAAUACCGAAUCAGACUCCUGUCGUGAAGUGACGAUAGUGCCAAACUCAGAAUGGGGUGGAGAGGGGAGUUUAGGUUGCGAUAUCGGUUACGGUUAUUUGCAUAGAAUCCCGUCAGAUUCCAUUCCGAAACCACCUUUACCAAGGAGUUCUACCGGCUUGACCCUACCGGUGAUAGACCCGAUUGUCGAUUGUCCCGAGGGCUUGGAAGUUGUCGAACCACCGGCAGAAGAUGAAAAAGCGGUGGAGAUAAUGUCCAACUCAUUUUCGCAGAUUACUGUGAACUCGAGUCUGAACCACUCGGAUUUAGCAGUGGGUCCAAACUUCGACUCCCAGAUGAGCACACAGCCUUUUCACUCCCAUCCAUCUCCUCCACCUGUCCAACCGCACGGUAUCCCCAGUGUAACUCCUAUGGGGAUGGUGCAAACUCCACUAAAUUUACCUGGUCUGCCGCCAAUCACAGUUUCAGCAUCUCUGCCUCCCGAAGCACUUGAAGGGCUCAAGGCGUCGGGCAGUCCCGUAAUGAUAAGUCCUUAACGUGAUGUUUCUUGCAAUUCCGAUUGAUCGAGUUGACACUUAAUUCGGAACGCGGAUGUUGUUGACCACGGAAGAUGAUUAUAAUGCACAGUUUCGUGUUUGAUCCUUUCUUGCUCUGUGUUUUUGGGGAAGUGAGAACAUAUUUCUUGUUGAUGGGCCGUGUUUUUUGGCGGAUGCGUUGAACUUCUUGCGUGAGGAAAACAUAUAUAUCAAUUUAUUUCAUUGCA